UAGGACGGGGGCGGAGCCCAGGCUGCAAGCGCCAGUGACCGGGAGCCCGGCUCAGCGGCCAAGCCGAGUGGCCGGAGAGGAGUGGAGCGGAGCUCGGACGGGGAGCAGAGGGAACGCAGAGCUGCGCGCAGGCAAAAGGGAAAACGGAACCAAAGGAUAUGAAAGUGGGAGAGCCUCUGAGAAGAGAGAACGCUUGUGGCGUGUACCCUCUCGUGGUAUCUCCUGAGGUCUUUCUUCAUGUCCUAAGCCCUCCAGAGUAGUGUGUUAUCUCUAGACUCACACAGCUGGGGAGAUUAAGGGGAACAAUGGAGAAAUGGACAAGCAGACUAAGACCGCCUCUUGUGCUGCUCCUGCUCCUUCCUCAACUCAUCCUAGACCAGAAGGUGUCCCCUCGCCACUCACGACAAACACAUCCUGAGGAAAGUAAAAUCCCUGAGGGUGUCUGGGGCUUCUGGAGCCCGUGGGCCCUUUGCUCCCAGCCCUGUGGGCUUGGCAUACAGCGCCGGAGCCGAAUCUGCCAGUCAUCCACAUCUGUGCUCCAAAGCGGGCUGCCUCUCCCACCCAGGCCACCUCGACAUCCAGAACCCUUGCCUGCUCGAUCCCGGAAUGCCAGACCCCAAACCCCUAGGGAGACCCUCCCCCUCUACAAGCCAGAGCCAAGGGGGAGGGGUGGGCCUCUAGGACAAGAGGAGGCUGGAGAGACCUCGGCCUCAAGGAGGUCACGGGUUCGAGAUCCCAUCAAGCCAGGAAUGUUUGGCUAUGGGAGAGUUCCCUUUGCUCUGCCCCUGCAUCGGAACCGGAGGCACCCACAUGGACAGCCCCAAAUGGAAUUCCCCAGUGAUGAGGCUUCUCAGACUCUAUUUCCAGAGGCAGAGCCCCUCCAAGACUCUAAAACAGAGGAUUUCCAAGCAGAACAACCUGUUAGCACUCAGCUCCCCCAAACCCAGAUCUCUUCUACAGUACUGCCAACCCAGGAAGACCUUAACAGCUCCCAGAAUCCUGGGACAGAAGCGCCUUCUAAUACCAAGUCUCUGGGGAUGCAGACACCCCCAAAGACAACCAACUCCAAAGCAAAGUCCACCCCCACCCCCUCCUCCAGAACAGGCAAUUCCCUUAAUCAGGUCCACCCACAGAGAUCACAUCAUUCCCAACAAGUGGGACCGGAAUGGAGAAGAUCCCCCCAUCCCCCCUCCUCUGCCUCCCGGGGCCAGGGCCGAGGCCAAGGUCAUCAGAGAAGGAGAGAGCAGUGGGCACCCAGAAAUGCCCGUCAACAGGUUGUUGAAACUCCCCCUCACCAUUCAGAGAGCUGGCUGCCUUUACUUAGCUCUCACCCCAACUCAGGUCCGCUGUGGAGCCUUUUUGCUCCCAGUGCCUCAGCCCUAAACUGUCCUGGAGAGAAUGAGCAACUGAGGGCCUGCAUCCAGAAGCCAUGCCCCCCUGAACAGCCAGAUCCCUGGGCUCUGCAGUGUGCCGCCUUUGAUCCUCAGGAAUUUAUGGGCCGACUCUACCAGUGGGAGCCCUUCACAGAGGUCCAGGGUUCCCAACGCUGUGAGUUGAACUGCCGACCUCGUGGCUUCCGAUUCUACGUCCGUCACACAGAGAAGGUCCAAGAUGGUACUCCCUGCCAGCCUGGAGCCCCAGACAUCUGUGUGGCUGGACGGUGCCUGAGCCCUGGCUGUGAUGGCAUCCUUGGGUCUGGCAGGCGCCCAGAUGGUUGUGGUGUCUGUGGGGGAGAUAAUUCCACUUGCCACUUUGUUUCGGGGAACUUCACAGACCGAGGGGGUCUUCUGGGCUAUCAUAAGAUUCUGCUAAUCCCAGCUGGGGCCUCUCACUUACAAAUUGCUCAGUUUCGACCCAGCUCCAACUACCUUGCACUUCGUGGUCCUGGGGGCAAGUCCAUCAUUAAUGGGAACUGGGCUGUUGACCCCCCUGGGAUCUAUACUGCUGGGGGCACUGUCUUCCAGUAUAAUCGGCCCCCACGGGAAGAAGGGACAGGAGAGAGUCUGACGGCUGAAGGGCCCACAACACAGCCUGUGGAUGUCUAUAUGAUCUUUCAAGAGGAAAACCCUGGUGUCUCCUACCAAUACCUCAUCUCUUCACCUUCUCCCAACCUUGGAGACCCUACCCCAGAACCUCCUAUUCCCCAACACCUGUCUGGUGAGGGUGUGAAGCCCUGGGGAGAAGAAAGAAAUAGAUGGGGGAGGAGGCAGAGAGGAGAGAUUUUAGAACAACCAGAUCAUAAUGUGCCUACUCAGUUCCCCCCAGAGGGUCUAAAAUUGGAGCCCCCAGCCCCUCCCCGAUCAGCUCGGACCCCAGGCACUCUGCAGCGUCAGAUACGGAUUCCUCCUCUGCCUGCCCCACCCUACCCCAGGCCUCCCCUGGCAUCCUCAGCGGGAUACUGGAAACGAAUGGGAUAUUCAGAGUGCUCAGCAUCCUGUGGAAAAGGUGUCUGGCGCCCAGUUUUCCGCUGUGUGUCCCGUGAUUCUGGAGAGGAAAUGGAUGACGAAAGCUGUGUCUUAGGUGCCCGGCCACCCGCCCCACCAGAGCCAUGUCACGGCCCUCCAUGUCCCCCUUACUGGGAGGCAGGUGAAUGGACCUCUUGUAGCCGCUCCUGCGGCCCAGGCACCCAGCACCGCCAGCUCCGAUGUCGGCAGGAGUUUGGUGGGGGCGGCUCCUCGGUGCCCCUGGAGCGCUGCAGCCAUCUGCCUCGGCCCAACGUCACCCAGACUUGCCAGCUGAGGCUGUGCGGCCACUGGGAAGUACGCUCUGCCUGGAGCCAGUGCUCUGUUCGAUGUGGUCGUGGUCAGCGGAGCCGGCAAGUGAGAUGUGUGGGUAACCACGGGGAUGAAGUAAGUGAACGGGAAUGUACUUCGGGGCCUCCAAGACCCCCCAGCAGAGAGGCUUGUAACAUGGGGCCCUGUACCAUCGCCUGGUUCCACAGUGACUGGAGCUCCAAGUGCUCAGCUGAGUGUGGGACAGGAAUCCAGUGGCGCUCUGUGAUCUGCCUGGGGAGUGGAGAGUCCCAAGGGGCUGGUGAAGAGGAGGAAGGGCUAGGGGGCAAAGGAAGAAGCUGCCCCACAGGGAGCCGCCCCCCUGAUAUGCGGGCCUGCAGCUUGGGGCCCUGUGAGCCAACCUGGCAGUGGUACACGGGGCCGUGGGGUGAGUGUUCUGUAGAGUGUGGCUCUGGGACACAGCGCAGAGAUGUGAUCUGUGUGAUCAAGCUGGGAACUGAAUUCAAUGUUACUUCUCCUGGUAACUGCACCCAUCUGCCCAGGCCACCUACCCUGCAGCCUUGCAAGGGAGAUGGCUGUCAAGACCGAUGGUUCUCUACCCCCUGGAGUACUUGCUCAAGGACUUGUCUGGGGGGUGUCCAAAUGAGGGAGGUCCAGUGUCUGAGUGCCAACCAGACUCUCAGCACUCAAUGCCCUCUUAACCUUCGGCCUUCUAGGAAAAGACCAUGUAACAAUCAGCCCUGUACUCAGCACCCAGAUGACCAUUGCCAGGACAACUCCCCACACUGCCCCCUCGUGGUCCAGGCUCGCCUCUGCGUCUACCCCUACUACACAGCCACCUGCUGCCGAUCCUGUGCCCAUAUCCAGGACAGGGCACCCCCAGAACCUGCCUGAGAUGGGACUGAAGUGAUCCUUACAGUUAUUCUCCCCCCUCCCCCAGCAUCAGCUGCCCCAUGGACUCUAUCCCCUUCCUGCCCUUGACCUGCCUCAUAGGACACUCAGAGAAAUACCAGCACCUUCUAUAUUUAUCCUGGGAGGAGUCUGGGAAAUGCAGAGUGACAGGUUGUGGGGAGAUGGCUGUGACAAUGUGUGAGGUUGUGUCCAUGUACCUGUGUGAUUGUAUGUGUAUAUGUCAUUAUACAUGUCUGUGUCCCCGGGUGCCACUGCUGGUGGGGACCAUGUGACUUCCUGCUAACUAGUGCCCCUGGCCAAGACAGACUGGGAUAUACGAAGUGCCUUCCCCCAGCCUCCACCUCUUCCUACUGGGAGAAACCAAGACACAAGUUCAUGCUGACCCUUUGAAUGUUCCUCAACCAGCCCUGUUCCCUAAAUCAAAUUUACCUUACCAUGCUACAUUUUUCCAUGAUCUGAAUCACACCUUCAGCCCUCCAUCUUCACUCCCAGCACCCAUUCCCUCUACUUCUGUUCCUCUUAACUUCCUGGGAACAAAUGACUUUCACUGUUCUCCUUUCCAUGACCUUCAUCGCCUACCAGCCCAGAGAAGGGACCAGUUUAGCCAGAGUUGUAGAGACAUGGAAGGGGGAAGUGCAUGCUACAUAUUAGGAUGCACUAACUCCUGGGCCCCCCUCCCCAGGAUGGUUCCCACCCCAGAACUAAUUUAUUUUUUAUUAAAGAUGACUGUGAUAAAUAA